CAUUCAGAAGCAAAACGAGAAGAUGGAGGCAUUGGGAUUCCUGGUGCUAUGCAGUGUGAUGUUCUCACAUUGUGUUCAGGCUCAAGACUCCUGUCGAUACAACUGCGGAAACCACCUGGGAAGAUGUUCCUGCGACUACUCCUGUCAAUACAAUGGCAACUGUUGCUUUGACUACUACUCUCAGUGUCCAUACACUACAAUUACACCAGAUGUUACUACAGUUAAUAACUGUGGUGGGUGGCUGUACUCUACUGAGGGGUAUAUUACCAGCCCCAACUAUCCACAACAGUAUCCUAACAACAUGGAUUGUGUGUGGGUCAUCAGUCCAGGCUCUGAAGUUAUAGAACUGGAGUUCCUCCAUGUUGAAUUAGAGGGGUCAGACUGCAGAUAUGAUGGCAUCCAGGUCUAUGAUGGCCCCAGUAUUAACCAAAGGCAGCUUGGCAGAUUGUGUGGUAAUCAGAGGUCUACUUUCCACUCCACUGGUAAGAAUCUGACCGUACGCUUCACCACUGACGGUAGCCAAACAUACCAAGGAUUUCGGGCCGAAUACAGAGUUGUGGCUCAAGACUCCUGUCGAUACAACUGCGGAAACCACCUGGGAAGCUGUUCCUGCGACUACACCUGUCAAUACAAUGGCAACUGUUGCUUUGACUACUACUCUCAGUGUCCAUACACUACAAUUGCACCAGAUGUUACUACAGUUAAUAACUGUGGUGGGUGGCUGUACUCUACUGAGGGGUAUAUUACCAGCCCCAACUACCCACAACAGUAUCCUAACAACAUGGAUUGUGUGUGGGUCAUCAGUCCAGGCUCUGAAGUUAUAGAACUGGAGUUCCUCCAUGUUGAAUUAGAGGGGUCAGACUGCAGAUAUGAUGGCAUCCAGGUCUAUGAUGGCCCCAGUAUUAACCAAAGGCAGCUUGGCAGAUUGUGUGGUAAUCAGAGGUCUACUUUCCACUCCACUGGUAAGAAUCUGACCGUACGCUUCACCACUGACUUCAGCCAGACAUACCAAGGAUUUCGGGCCGAAUACAGAGUUGUGGCGGACGGUUCCUGCAGAUAUAACUGUGGCUACUUGGUCGGAAACUGUUCCUGCGAAUACCCCUGUGAAUCCUAUGGCAACUGUUGCUAUGACUACUUAUCUCAGUGUGUAGGCACUACAGCAUACCCACCAGAUGUUACUACAGCUCAAGAAUCCUGUCUCUACAACUGUGGGAACCACCUGGGAAGCUGUUCUUGCGACGUCUCCUGUCAAUACGACGGCAACUGUUGCUAUGACUACUACUCUCAGUGUUACAAUAGAGCAUCACCAGAUGUUACAGGUCCACCUUGCGGAGGCUCUCUAUCCAUCUCUGGGUCGUUCUCCAGCCCGGGCUACCCUGGCAACUACCACGACAACAGCCACUGCGUGUGGCAGCUGAGAGCAUCGAAUGACCAUAAGAUAUACCUGUCAUUCACUGACCUCCAGUUGGAGGACUGCUGUUCCUGUGACUACGUAGCCGUCUAUGAUGGACCCAGCGUGAACUCGCGACCUUUGGGGAAAUUGUGCAACAACACGUUGAACUUCUUCCAGUCCUCCUCCACGUACCUCACUGUUCUCUUCCGGACGGACGGCUCAGUGACCGGCCGAGGGUUCAACGCCGAAUUCAAAAGCUCUCUUCCACCAGGCGCAGGUCGAGUGGAGUGUUCUUCAGACAACAUGAACAUUGUGAUUGAGAAGUCCUACCUCGAAUCUCUGGGCUACGAUGGCCACAGUCUGUACUUGAAUGACCAGUACUGCAGACCCCAAAUCUCUGCAUUCCAAGUGAUCUUCAGUUUCCCGAUGAAUACUUGUGGCACAGAACAAAAGUUUGAGAGUGGCAGAAUCGUAUAUACGAAUGCGGUGCGCGCCUUUGAGUCCGACUACGGUCUGAUCACACGGCAGCCCUCCCUCAAGUUGAACGUGGACUGUCACAUGGAGCCGGACACCACAGUCCAGAACCUGUAUAUCGCCCGGGCCAGGGUAAAUGACACUAUCACGGGCAUGGGCAGAUUCAACGGGACCAUGGCCUUCUACACCUCCAGAAGUUUUACAUAUAUGGUGACCCAGGUUCCAUACAUGGUGACCGUGAACCAGUCCAUGUACGUCCAGGUGAACCUGAGGAGGGACGACAAAGGCCUGGUUCUCUUCCUUGACACGUGUGUGGCUUCGCCCUCGCCCCACGACUUUCAGAACAACACUUACGACCUUGUCCGCAACGGAUGCGUCGUAGACAGCACCUACCAGGCCUACGACUCGGGCACCAAGAGCUACGCCCGCUUCACCUUCAGGGCCUUCCAGUUCCUGCGGACCCAUGAGUCGGUGUACCUGCAGUGCAAGGUGGUGGUCUGCCCCGCCUCCGCCUCCAACUCCCGCUGCCGCCGGGGAUGCAGCAGGCGUAAGGCCCGGGCGCUCAGGGCCUCCGAGGACAGCCACACCCUGGUCCUGGGGCCGCUCACGCUGCAAGACCUGGGGAGCCAGGGUGAAGCGAGUGUGAAGGAGGAGGUGGCGCCCGAGAAGACCAUUGAUAUUUGAUUAAUCAUGGGUUUUCAGCCAUUGUUUCUAAUCAAUUGUACUUCUGCUCUUUGUGUUGUGUUAUCUGCUGUACGGCCAACACUGUUAAGACUCUCCUUUCAUCUUCAUUCCGAUUAAAAGCAUAUCU